AUGACUGUCGAUGGUAGUCAGAAUUUACCAUGGGUAGAAAAAUACCGACCGUCCAAAUUAGAAGAUCUCGUAUCUCACGAUGACAUCGUUAAAACGAUUAAUCAGUUUAUGAAAGAAAAUCAACUUCCACAUCUACUAUUUUAUGGUCCUCCGGGUACUGGAAAAACAUCUACUAUACUAGCUUGUGCCAAGCAAAUGUAUACACCACAACAAUUUAACUCUAUGGUGUUAGAAUUAAAUGCUUCAGAUGAUAGAGGGAUAGGCAUUGUUCGGGGUCAAAUUCUGAGUUUUGCCUCAACACGAACUAUUUUCAAAGCUGGACCAAAACUUAUAAUUCUUGAUGAAGCCGAUGCUAUGACAAAUGAUGCUCAAAAUGCUUUGCGUCGCAUUAUAGAAAAGUAUACAGAAAACGUGCGGUUCUGCAUAAUAUGUAACUACCUAGGCAAGAUAAUUCCAGCAUUGCAAUCACGAUGCACACGUUUUCGUUUUGCUCCGUUGCAGCAGAGUCAGAUUGUGCCGAGACUUCAAGAAAUCGUUCAGAAGGAAAAUGUGAAAAUAUCAGAAGACGGUAUGAAGGCUCUGCUGACCCUCUCUGGAGGUGACAUGCGCAAGGUGCUGAACACGCUGCAGAGCACGUGGCUCGCCUACCGUGACGUCACCGAGGACCACGUGUACACGUGCGUGGGACACCCGCUCCGCUCUGAUGUCAAUUACAUCAUGAACUGCCUCCUCAAUGAGAACGAUUUCGCUGCGUGCUUUAAACAAAUUCAAGACCUCAAGAUCGCCAAAGGUUUAGCGCUGGGAGAUAUACUGACUGAAGUUCACUCAAUAAUACAACGAGUGAAAUUCCCGCCGGAAGUAUUGAUAUCGUUGUUGAUCAAGAUGGCUGACUCGGAAGCGCGUCUCGCGAGCGGUUGCAGCGAACGAAUUGAACUAGCCGCCCUUAUUGCUGCCUUCCAACUAUGUAAAGAUCAGAUCGAUGUGAAUGCUCUUAUCUAAUUUUACUGCUAAAAAUCUUUAAAUAAUUUGUAAAAUAAAAGACAAAGCUAGAAACUUCA